AUGUGGCAUAUAUACAACCUUGUCCGUGUUGGUGAUGUUGUCCGCAGUAAAACGAUUCGCAAGGUGGUCACUGAAACAUCAACUGGAACAACAUCUAGCCAGCGAAUGCACACUGUACUUACGGUACAGGUUGAAGCUAUUGAUUUUGAUCCUGGAGCAAAUGCACUUCAUCUCAAAGGUCGAAACAUUCAAGAGAACGAUCUGGUAAAACUCGGGGCUUACCAUACCCUUGAUCUGGAGCCAAAUCGAAAGUUCACGUUGGAAAAAACUGAAUGGGAUACAAUCGAUAUAGAACGCCUGGACACUGCCCUUGAUCCCGCGGCUCAGGCAGAUGUUGCUGCUGUUGUUCUUCAUGAAGGAAUCGCUCAUGUCUGCCUUAUCACUCCUGCCAUGACUUUAGUGCGAGCAAAGAUUGAUAUGCAGAUCCCACGAAAGCGAAAAGGCUUCACAUCUCAACACGAAAAAGGCAUUCAGAGGUUUCUUGACGCUGUCUCGGCAGCAUUUUUGCGUCAUGUCAAUUUCAACGUUAUAAAAUGCGUACUGAUCGCAAGUCGAGGCUUUCUAAAGGAGCAGUUCAUGGAUCAUUUGUUGAAGUAUGCUGACGCACAAGGCAAAAAGGUGCCUGACGCACAAGGCAAAAAGAUUACAACGGAGCAACGAGGGAAAUUCAUGCUGACGCAUUCUAGUAGUGGUUUCAAGCACUCUCUGAAAGAGGUGCUUGAAGAUCCAGCAGUAGCUAUUCGACUGGCGGACACUAAGGUGAGCUUUAUGUUCGACUGCCACGAUUCGUUCAUUCUCUUGAAAUCUUUUUUGCUUAAUCAAAUAUCUCGCUUGACUGGAUGA